AUGAUCCCACAAGUCUCAUCAAAUGCUGCACCGCUGACAACAAAGGAGAGGCACUACGCUCAACUAGCCGCCAAGCUAGGCACGCUGGCCAGCUCGUUCGAAACCACCAAGCAGCAUCUCAACCUGGCAGCAGAGCAAGCCUUCUACAUGCGCAAACUAGGUCUCGCGCAAGCAUCGACGUUCAUGGCGGUGCUUCACGAAGUGGAUCGAGAGCAGGAGGCGUACCCGAAUGGCGAGGCCCAUCAGUAG